CUUUUGUCUGUCUGUGAGUCUGCUUGUUGCCGCAGAGUCGAAUGCAGAGAGCCAAGGGUGUAAAUAUAUUCCAAUUUUAAUCACUCAGAAAUGGGCGUGACAAAGAAAAUCAUUAAGGAUGGAGAUGGGACAACAUACCCAAAGCCUGGGCAAACGGUUGCCGUACACUAUAUAGGAACAUUGGAGAAUGGAACAAAAUUUGAUUCAUCGAGGGAUCGUGGAAAAGUUUUCAAAUUCAAGAUUGGUGCAGGCCAAGUUAUUAGAGGUUGGGAUGAAGGAGUUACAGAGAUGUCUUUAGGUGAGAAAGCAAAACUGACAUGUAGUCCUGAUUAUGCCUAUGGAGCAAAGGGAUACCCUGGAGUUAUCCCACCUAAUGCAACUCUAAUCUUUGAGGUGGAACUGUUGAGCUUGGAAUAGGUUAGCUGGCCAAUACAUCUGUCCAGAUUUGAGGCAACAUUUGUCUGAUGGCAGCCAACCCGUGUUAGUUAGAUUUGUGGUAACAUGCAGAACUGUCAAAAUAUUUAACUGACUUUGUCCUGAAACUACUCAAACUAAUUUUAUUGUUUGUUGUAAGUGAAAUCAGUCUGUUUAUAUCUAUUAUCAAAGAUUGUCAAUUUUUCAUUAUUGGGAUCAAAUUUUGUUUGUAGAGGCAUCUUCUGUUGGUAAGUCUAACUAUUACAGAAUACUUCAUCAGGAAGUAUACUUGUAACAUAUCGGUGAUUAAGAAUGUUGGUGUGAACUAAAACCAUGGGAAGGCAUGAAUUUAAUUCAUAAUGUAUGCAAAAAACGAGCAAAAAAAAGUUUUUUUCGUGAAAGACCAAAUCCAGGGUGCUUGUUUUCCUGGGUAAUUAGACAAUACAGUACAACACCGUACAAAAAAAGAAUUCUUACUGAUAGAAUGUCUCACAAAUAUGAUUGUGUUAGAGUUAACUAGUUUCAUAUUGCUACUGGCUUUGUAAGUAUCUUCUUAAGCAACGAUACAAGUUGAUAAAAUUGUGACUUUGAUCUCAUUUUGAAGGGUUUUACUUGAAAAGCAAUCAUGUGCAAUAUAUUGAUCUACUAGUCUACUUAAUUUUAGAAGAACAUUAGAUAAUCCAGUUCAGUGAAAAUAAUUUUUUAUCACCACGACAGGACAGUAAGUGUAUAAAACACACUGACAAAUGCCUUUCAUAUUACUUGUAGCGAUAGGUAAUAUGGACAUACAAAGGAGAACAGUUUUUACAUUUUCAAUUAUGAAGAGACUGAUGGUUUCAGGAAGUGAGCAUCUGUUUAAGUUUCUGGAUCAAAUUGUUGCAGAAUGAAUACAAAUAAAGAACAUAAAGAUGGAGGAUUGGAUAUUCAUGUGAAAAUUAUGCCAUAUAGCCUAUUUCAGGACCAGGGUGAUUGCUUUUCAACUUUUCUUUCAAUAAAAUAAAUAUAGAUAUAAAUACAUUCAUACUUUGUUUUUGUUAAACAAUUAUAUCUGCACGUCCACAAUACUGGGUAACAACAUUGGGACGUGGGCAACAUAGCACCAAUCUUGUGAGCAUGCUUUUUACUUGGAAUGAUUGUGCAACCCUUUUCUUCACCCAUCAAAAUUUGCAAGGAAGAGCAAUUUUUGUUUUUCUCUAGUGUCUGUGCAGUAUUGAUCCCCGAGAUGACAAAAAAACAUGACAAUACUUUUCUGAGAGCUUUCUUUUCCAUAAUGUACAGCUGCAAAACAGACUGGUAUCUAUGUGUCCCAGAUUAAAGCGCUGUUUUAGCGUCAUUUUCAACUAGGAAUUAAAAAGUUUAAAAUACAGCAAUAUUUGGAAACAAAAUUGUCUGUUAUAAAUAUAUAUAUAAUUUUUAUUUUUGAAUGUUCAUUUUAAACAUUGAGAUUUUCAGUGAGUGAAUGUGAAAUCUCAUGGGUCUGAAGCCCUAUUAUGCCAUUUACACAUUCUUAAUGUUGGUGUUACCUAUAGUGAAAUUUGGUGUUGCUUUUGCUGUUAAGCAUCAAGUAAAAUUGUGUCAAAAUUGACAUAAUAAUUUAUUAUGUAUGUACAUUAAAACAGUUUUGAAGCUUUUUUAAUCAAAUAUAUUUCACACUCAUAA